AUGGCGACCCAGCAGGUUCCUGAGCCGCCGCCUGUGGUGGUCACCUCGGUGUUCCAGCCAGGGAAGCUCUCCGUCGAGAUGAUCCCCGUGGAUCACGACGCGCUCUCGAUGCCCCCGAUCCCCAUCCUGAUCGCCGCCCCUAAGGACGCCGGAACCUACCCCGUCGCCGUGCUCCUGCAUGGCUUCUUCCUCCAGAACGGCUUCUACGAGCAGCUGCUCAAGCACUUCCACACGAGCCUCGUGUCCAACGGCGACGCCGACGACAUCGCCGCGGCAGCCAGGGUCACGGACUGGCUCCCCGGGGGCCUGCCGGCCGUGCUCCCGGCCGGCGUCGAGGCCGACCUCUCCAGGCUCGCCCUGGCCGGCCACAGCCCCGGCGGCCGCACGGCCUUUGUUAUAAACGAUGACGAAUAA